AUGGAGAUUUUUGUUGUGAAGAGGGCUGAUGAACAAAGAGUAGAAGAUGUCCGGCUUAUCCGAGAGCAGCAUCCGACCAAAAUCCCGGUGAUAAUAGAACGAUACAAGGGUGAGAAGCAGCUUCCUGUCCUGGAUAAAACCAAGUUUCUUGUACCUGAUCAUGUCAACAUGAGUGAACUCAUCAAGAUAAUUAGAAGGCGCUUACAGCUCAACGCUAAUCAAGCCUUCUUCCUGUUAGUGAAUGGGCACAGCAUGGUGAGUGUGUCCACACCGAUAUCGGAAGUGUAUGAAAGUGAGAAGGAUGAAGAUGGAUUCCUGUAUAUGGUAUACGCCUCUCAGGAGACAUUUGGAAUGAAAUUGUCACUGUAAGACUAGAAAAAUGCAUCUGUUCUAGAAUUUUUUAAACCCUUACCAACGGGGAAAAAAGGGAUGUUACCAACUGAGAUUGGAUCUGUUCAUCUAAAUCACAGAUCAUCAAAACAGUAGUGUCUGGCCUAGGAGUUUUAGAAAGUUGUUUUUGUACUUUAAGCAGAAAAACUGAGCUCCAAGCGAGCACAUUCAGCUUUGGAAAACUAUAUUAUUUAACCUAGGCUGUCUUGUUUCAAAGUUUAAAAAUAAAAUACUUUGCAUUCUAACUUACCAAUAAGAUAGAUCUUCAAGUUAUUUUAAUGUUCUUUCCCCAAUAGGAACUUGCAUUUUGAGCAUUCAGAGACAGUAAGUCAGAACCUGCCAACUUCUUAUUGAAGGGUUUCUAUCCAACUAGAGAAAUCUCAAGCAUAGCCCCCCAAACACAUUUGCCAUAAUACAGGCUAAAUGGAGGUGUAUAAGAAAACGGUGAACUGCUGUUAAAGGUUCCUGAUUCCUAUCAAGUGUACCCAAGGCAACGCUCUUGCACUGUUAGAAGUUCUUGUUUGUUCUCCAGACAGUAACAUACAUGAUGACACCACUGCUCAGGGGGAACCUUGAAUAAUUUAUUUUGGCCAAGUUUCUCAAAAGGCCCAGAGGAAAAAAGUGACAUUUCUUCUGUUUUGGAUAUUCUCUGAUCACAGAGCUCAAAAUAGUGCCUGCUUUGGUAAAUAAACAAGCACUUGUAUCAGUUUCAUUCUUUAGGACAGUGGUAGAAACUACAGAAUCCUGCAGAUGAUCCAUGUUUUAUGUUAAGUGUGUGACUAAAAUAUGUUGUUAAAAAGUUACAUUUUUUAAAGAGUAUUUCAGUCAUCACUGUUAGGUCAAACCACCAUUGAAAUUCCCCCACUCUAAGCGCAUGUCAAUUGUGAAGAAAGCAGUAAAAGGAGAUAUAUUCUCUUCACAGAUAUUAAUGUCAAAAAGUUAAACAUUUCCCAAGUCCAACCAGAAUAACCAAUACUUCCUACUACCUGCAUGACUAUUUACUAUUUUCAUGGAAAUAAUCACAAAAAGAUCACAGACCACUUUAGACUAUAUGUAGCAGGUCAUGAUUUGCCUUUGUGUGUUUAGAUGUGUAUGGAAUACUUGUAUCAGUUAGUGGAAAUUAUUUACUAUAAUGUUGGGAUUAGGCAAUAUUACUGCGUAUGGGCUCUCACCCCCCAACCUCCUAUCACCUACCCCUACUGCUGCAUGCGUCUGUCUACAUGGCUAACUUUUAAUAUGUAUAUUUUUACAUUAUGUACAUUCUUAAUCGGCCUGUCUUGUUUAGAUUGUAUGUCACUAUAUCUGACAUUCUUGUAACUACUGUGUGAUCGAUAAGAUUCCUAUAAGAAAUUCUGCUUUUUAAAAAACAAUACCAUGCUGAGAGGGGUGACAUAUCCCACGUUAGUGGGUAGUCACUCUAUAUUUAUAGGAUCUUUAAAACAAGUACAUUUUUAAAUGAACUAAGGUGAAUAAAGGCACAACUAAAAACUGUCA